UAACCUUAACUUCGAACAACUCAUAACUCCAAAAUCAAAAUCAAUAGAAAAAGUGUUGAAAUGUGCGAAACCCUAAAAACCAACUACCAACUCAGCGACGAGAUCGGACGUGGGCGUUUCGGCACCAUUUACCGGUGCUUCCACCCUAGCUCCGCCGUACCUCAAGCCUGCAAAGUCAUCGACAAAUCUCUCCUCUCCGAUUCCACCGAUCGUGAGUGUCUUCAAAACGAACCGAAAUUCCUCUCUCUCCUUUCACCUCACCCUAACAUCCUUCAAAUCUACGACGUUUUCGAAAACGACGAUUUCUUAUCCAUCGUUUUAGAGCUUUGUCAGCCUCUCACUCUCCUCGAUCGCAUCGUUUCGAAUCCUUUCACCGAACAACAGGCGGCGUCUCUCAUCAAAAAGCUUCUCGAAGCCGUUGUUCACUGCCACCGUCUCGGUGUAGCGCACCGUGACAUCAAGCCGGAUAACAUUCUCUUUGAUUCUAACGAUAAUCUAAAAUUAGCUGAUUUUGGUUCGGCGGAAUGGUUCGGCGACGGCAGAACCAUGAGCGGUGUUGUUGGAACGCCGUAUUACGUGGCGCCGGAGGUUCUUUUAGGAAGAGAUUACACAGAGAAAGUUGAUGUGUGGAGUGUUGGUGUGUUACUGUACAUAAUGUUGAGCGGGAUUCCUCCUUUUUACGGAGAUUCCGCGACUGAAAUUUUUGAAGCUGUUAUUAGAGCGAAUCUGAGGUUUCCGUCUAGAAUCUUCCGUUCCGUUUCAUCCUCUGCCAAGGAUCUGUUGAGAAAAAUGAUUUGUAGAGAUGCUUCCAAAAGAUUUUCUGCAGAACAAGCCUUGAGACACCCUUGGAUAGUGAGUGGAGGAGAAACAACUAAUCAGGAUUGAAAAACGAGAUAGAAGCUGUAAAAAGUGUGGCUACCGGAGGCAGAGGAAACAGAGCACGUUCGUGUAGAUUCCGAUGAUGCGAUGCGAGUAGUUUUUUUUGUUGUUGAAAAAGAUGAGUUUAGUUUUGUUAAGAGUAAAUGGAAAAGGAAAAAUAAAUUUAGGAGGUAGAUAGAAGUACUAUAAGGAAGGAACUCUUUUUUCGGAGUUUGUAGAUCUGGUUUUUGUAUAAUACUACUACGGUGUAUCCAUAGUUUUGAAUGUUUAGUUCUUUUUUAAUAUUUUGAAUUUUGUUUA